CAAGGGCUAUAAUGCUGUGAAGUGGUUAUAGGAACUGGUCUAAGAGCCCUUGAAAGUGACGUGCCAUUUCUAAAUUCAUCCAACUCCAAUUCGACGCUUUGAAGCCGAAAUAUUACCACUCAUAAUUGGAAUAAAAAAAGGACGAUUAUAUUGAGCGAGACAAGCGGAUGCACGUACAUACACAUGUACAAAGGUCAUAGUUGCAAUGUUUACAUCAAAAGCUCCCCUCGAAACGCAUGCGCCCGCCGACAAGCUUUUUGGCCCAGGUUUGCAGGUGUAGUGCGAUGGAAUUUCGACGUGUUAGUUUCGCAUCGCGGCUAGAAAAGUAAUAUAACUCUCUGCCAGUGCUCGUUAUUUUCCAUCUGGGUUUUUAUUAAAAUAAUUCAGAAUCGAAGAAUACAAUUGAUUUAUGUGUAACCCCAAUCCCCAAGGCAAAUCCUGCGAACGUGCGCAUAUGAAAAUAAGCAAUAGUAAAGUGUAUCCUGGAAUUUUGGCAAACAUAUACAAGUGCAUAGGAAAAGACAUACGCGCAUACAUACUCGUUCAUUAAAUAAAAUCAAAUCCGUGACCAUUCAAAGAGUCUGCAAUAUUUAGUUUACCAGUUUUCAGUGUGUUUAUUGAUAUAAAAUAGUGUUAAAUAUUCGUAACCAUAUUCCGCAUAAACUUAGUUACAAGCAACUACUGCAAAAUAUAUAAACCUAUGUGUUAUACAUACAAUGUUAUAUCCCGUGUAGAUGUGUAAUUGAGUGUUCAUACACGAGUGUUGGUGUGCUCAUCUUCCGUGAAAACUCAGAUGAUAAAAUGUAACUUCUUACUCAAUUAAACAUACCAAUCCGACAAAGUGUAAAAGUGGACUAUGAAAACCGUAAAAUAAAUGUAAUUAGCAACUAACUACUGCUAUUCAAAAAACAUACAACAUGGAAUUAAUGCUGCUAUUUAUGUUGGCACUUCAUCUUAUAGCAUCCAGCAACGGAAGUAAAGAUGUACCAAUUCACCAAAUCGAAUCCCUGGUUGGUGAAAAUAUUUAUCUUCCAUGCAAUGUAACUACAUAUGAUGGUGAUGAACCUGUGUUGGUUUUGUGGUACCGAGAUGAUAAAGGUACUCCAAUAUACAGCAUCGACAUUCGAGCGGGAGUGUCCAAAGCACCAAAAAGAUGGUCUGAUGAGUCUGUCUUCGGAGAUAGAGCUUAUUUUAUAUUUGACAAGGAACCGGGAAAAUUGUCAAUUCAAAAUACGCAAGCAUCCGACUCUGGAACUUAUAGAUGUCGAGUAGAUUUCCUAAAAGCGCAGACCAUAAAUAGCCGAAUAAAGCUCAAUGUCAUAUCUCCACCAAAGCAAGUUAUUAUUAGAGACAGCUCCAAUGUUGAGCGUUCUACGGUGGUGGGACCAUAUAGCGAAGGUGACAUCGUAUCAUUGAAAUGUCAAGUAAUUGGAGGCUACCCAACUCCCACCAUCAGUUGGUACCGUGAUGGUCUAGAAAUUCCAUGCGAACUAUCUCAUUUAGCGGGAGGGAAAAUAAUCGAGUGCGAAAUCACUCUUCCAUCUCUGGGGCGAGAAGAUCUUAACUCCCGACUCACCUGCCGAGCAUUAAGUCAUCCCAGAGCACCCAUCGUCGAAGCGGUAGUUCAAAUUGAUAUGAAUUUUGCCCCUUUAAACAUUCGACUACUAGGGGCACAUCAGCCAUUGUCUGCUGGCCGAAGAUACGAUCUAUUGUGCCAAAGUGCUGGCUCCAGACCGCCUGCCGUAAUUACUUGGUGGCAGAAUGGCAUACGGCUGGAGAAGACCACAGAAACUACCUCGAGCGAUGGAAACCAGACAACGAGCACUCUUUCAAUCAGUCUGAGUAAAUCUGAUGCGGGGAAAUAUUUAUCAUGCAAGGCCUACAACCAUGCUGUUCCCUCUGAGCCCUUGGAAGAUGGCUGGAAAUUGGACAUACAAUAUGUCCCCGAAGCAUAUGUUCGUUUGGGAACAUCUCUGGAUCCAAGUACUUUGCGAGAGGGAACAGACGUGUACUUUGAUUGUUUGGUUAUGGCUCAUCCAAAUGUUUUUCGCAUCGAAUGGCGUCAUAAUGAGCAACCUUUGUCACACAACAUCUCACAAGGCGUUAUUAUAAGUAACCACUCCUUAGUUCUGCAAGGUGUAACUAGGGCCACUGCAGGGAACUAUUCCUGUGUAGGAUUUAAUGCCGAAGGCGAAGGAAUCAGUGCUCCUUUUCCACUAAAUAUUCUUUACGCCCCCACGUGUGCACAAAAUCAAAAGAAAGUGUACGGGAUAGCAAAGCAGGAGGAUGCAAAGGUCAUGUGCACCGUGGACGCCAAUCCGCGAGAGGUUGAAUUUAGUUGGACAUUUAAUAAUUCGGCCGAAAGUAUCGACGUUGCCACCAAUCAUAUUCUUCGCUCGGGCACCACCUCCGUUGUAACCUACACUCCCAUAACUGAACUGGAUUAUGGAACCCUUUUAUGCCUGGCUUCAAACAAAAUUGGUAAACAGCGAAUACCAUGUGUCUUCCAUAUUAUCGCUGCAGGUCGUCCAGAGAAAGUUCAUAACUGCACGGUAAACAAUAUAUCUAUGACAUCGCUAACCGUGACUUGUAGUGAUGGUUUCAACGGCGGCUUGCCCCAACAUUUCAACCUGGAACUGCUGGACUCUUACACACAAGAAAUUAAAGCAAACAUUACAUCGACCAUUCCUAAGUUUACGGUUCCUGGCUUAAGUCCAGGAAGCAUUUAUAGAUUAAAUAUUUACGCCUUCAACACAAAGGGUCGAUCUGAUCCAGCAGUAGUCAAUGCGGCCAUGCUUCGAAUGCCCGAAAAACAACUAACUUCGGAACAGACUCAUAACCUACGUGCAGAGCUAUUAUUUUCACCCGUGAUGUCAUUAACAAUUGGCUUAACCCUUGCUGUGCUCGUGGCGGUUUUGGCCAUAAUUCUGGCACUUCGAAUACCCUGCUCCGCUUCUUCGAGAAGGCGUCAAAAGGAGCUGUCCAAUGAAAAUAUAUCCCGAGAUGAAUCGCCAGGACCAAGUGAUAAAAGUACCGGAAGCAAGGAGGUGGACGAUUGCGACGAAAAGAAUCCAGAUGUGGUACCUGAAUCCAUUGAGCCUGAUGAACAGGCUGAAAGUAUCAGGAAAAGGCAGCAGAUAUCAACCAUCGAUACGAAUCGCAGUCCCAAUCGGGGAAUUUUCGUUAACGAGCAGCAACAUCUAACAGCAGCCGAGAUUUCCCUGCGAGCCUCCCAUGGAAUUGGUUAUUGCACUCUGAGGAGUGGAAUGCACGCCCAGGCCCAGAGUUCGGUGGGAGAAAUAUCAAUUAACGUAACGCCCCACGUCUAUUCGAACUCGAUCUCGCAGUGCACUCUGCCGCGCCAGUCCUCGCAGAACGUGUGGAACAACUACAACUGCAACAUCACCGGGGCGCGACCGACCUCCACGUUCCACCAGCUGACCUUUCCCCAGGGCAGGGUCAACGUGAACGGCCACAACCCGACGCAGCCGCUCCAUGGACACGCGCCCUCGCCAUCGCUGGCGUCCAACAGCUCGAUGGCCUCGUCGUCGAACACACUGCCCCAGCCACAUCCCCAUGGCAGAACCAUCGCCCUGCACCACAUGAACCAGGCCCAGUGCGGCAGGGUCUGCAUCGGAAUCGCCAGCGAUGGCAUCCACUCCGCCGAGCAAAACCUUUCCGACGACGAGGUGACCGUCCAAACUCCAUUAAUGAUAAAGCGCGACAGCACCGUAUGACUAUAGAAAUUCCACAGGGUUUUCGACACGCCCCUGUGAUUAGGAUUUACAAUUUUCUGUAUUCUGCAUUUCGAAACUCAAUAGAAUAAACUUUUUAUACCACUUUAUUAUUAUUGACAAACAAUAUUCUGGAGAGAUCAAUUAUUUUCGGCCAAAUGAAUGUUAGUUUUAAACGUUGUUAAUUAUAAGUUAUACGAAAUCAAUAUAAUAUCCAAAAUGAAAUAACUAAUAGGUUUUAAAACUUUGAUUGUCGAUGCAGAACGGAGGUUUACGUGUGGCCAAUGCAAAUACUUUUACUGCAGUUUUAAAAUAUCUAAACUAUAUACUGGCAUCAAACGAAUUUAUAGACUGGGUUUGAUAUUUAAGACGAUUGUGUUGUUAUUAUGUUUACUUAAAACGCAAUGAUGUAAAAAAUGAUUUUGUUCUUACCCUUAUUGAGUGUUUCAGAAUAUAAGGAUAUUUCAAAAUGUAUGCGGUGACUCAUGUACGACCAUUGUUUUUGUUAAAUUAAGUGAAAAGACUUUUGCAAAGUAUUGUUAUUUGUUUUCAUGUAUCCAAUGAUUCCAACUCAUGUACCGAUUAUUUUAAACUAAAUUACUAGGCAACUAUAGUCUCAGAUAAUUUAGUCAAGUAAGGCCCAACAAGUUUGUUGUAUGUUUUUAAGAACCAGAAAAUAGGUUUAGUCAAAUAAAAUUUGAUGAAACAAUUGCUCAUUUCCAAGGAGGCCAAGGCAGCUUUUUCGACGCAUUCAAAAUAAUGUCUGUAUGUUCGUGAUGAUACAUAAAUUUUGUAUAACUUGCUCAAAUCGAAACUAACCCAGUGUUAUGAAAAAAAGGAAUAUUUCCCCAUUUUUUUAUUACAACGCUGGCCGGCAUUUAUUUUCAAAAUAUUUAAUUUUAUACUGGUCGAACUUACAUAAUACUUAUAUUUAAAAAUACCAUAUAUAUUAGGAACUUAGUGUAAAACUACU